AUGCUGCCUGUCUUUUUGCUGUCGGUUUGGCGGAGGCUGAUUUUGACUCACCGUGGCUGCCCAUUAAAGUCAAAACCCCUCUUCGUUUACGGCACCUUGUGUGCUCCAGAGCUGCUUGCCAUGCUCCUCCGAGAAUCAGAUGAGACCGCCCCCGACGUCGACAAAAUGCUCCCCAUGCUGCAACCUGCAACCGUCAAGGGAUAUGAGCGGCCGACCACGUCUCAACGUCGGCAACUCGACAACUUCGAAGGUGAAGGAGAGGCAUACAAGUGCGUUCCCGUCCGGGUUCACAUCGCUACCGAUCAGUCAGUAGCGGCAGACAUGUACCUCUGGAAUGGCCCGAUGGAGAAGAUAUCUCCUGAUCCUUGGGACUUUGCCGCCUUUGUCAAAAAUGGGCUGCAGGACUUCUUCCUCAAUGUUUUUGAAGGAAUGGAAUUUGGUGGUGAAGACGACUAG